ACGUCACUUCCGGUUCCGGGAUAGGAAACACAUGUACAUGUACACGAGUACGCAAGAGCUAGAGUAACAACACUGAAAAGCUACCCUUCUGUGGGCAACUUGACGAUCAGACAGAUCUUACGCGUCAGUCAGCGGUGUGUCAGUGAUGUCUGGAUCCGGAAUCCAGCGAUCAGCCUUCGCUAGCGAGGCGGACUUCUGUCCGGACUGCGGCUCUAUCCUGCCCCUCCCAGGCAGAGAGGAUGUGGUCACCUGUCAGCUGUGUGCGUACCAGGUGGAUGUGAGAGAGUUUGAUGGAGUUGAAAUCAAGUCCCGCAUUGUUUUCAACAAAAGAGAGACAGCCAAGAAGGAAGACAGACCAACAGAGGACACAUCAGGACCACUGGUGGACCGAAAGUGUCCCAAAUGUGGCCAUGAAGGGAUGACCUACACCACCAGACAGACACGCUCGGCUGACGAGGGACAAACUGUCUUCUACGGCUGUCCUCGCUGCAGAUUUAACGAGACAGAAUACUCCUGAUCACCUCAGCUGCAGGAAAGACUGAUUUCAUGUCAUGUUGCAUCAAGACUGGACACAACUCAGCAAUGUUCACAAAGUCAUGGAUACAACAUUUG